CUUUAUCUUCCCUACAAAAAUGGUUGUGUAGUCAAGGGUCCAGACUCUCUUCUCUUCCCCACUAGUUUCAUUGGUCUUAUUUAAACCUUUUAAUUUCUUUCCCAAAUGAACUAGAAUUAAUCUUUUGAUUGCCAUAGAAAGAGAAGAGGUGAUAUAUAUAUACAUAUAUAUGGGCAAAGAUUUGCUAUUCUAGAAUGGGGAAGCUAAGUUUUGGCAAAGUUUUAGACUGUUUUAGUACUCUUUCUUCUUCAGGAUCAGGAUCUUGUUUUUGCAUCAAUGAUUUUGGAAAUCAUGAUGAUUUGUUAGAAAGAAAGCCACUGAUGAAUAAUUCCUCAGAAGAUGAACAUUUGGUGAGACUUAAGGAUAUCAUUAAUGUGGGACCUCCAACUUUAGCUUUCCAUUUGAAGCCUAAGGUUGUGGUGCUAAGAGUGUCCAUACAUUGCAAUGGUUGCGCAAGGAAAGUUGAGAAACACGUCUCCAAAAUGGAAGGGGUGACAAUGUACCAAGUAGACCUUGAAACCAAGAAAGUGGUUGUUAUUGGAGACAUAUUGCCUUUCCAAGUUUUGGAGAGCAUUUCAAAAGUAGUCAAAAAUGCUGAGCUUUCAAGUUGGAACACUCCACAUGAUGACUCGUUAUAAUGUGGAACCUACUCUAUAUUGAAUUCAUACAAGUAUUAGAGGAAAAGAAAUUCAUUAUUCUCAACGUGACUUCUUAUUCACUAGUACUAUUUUCUUUUUCAAAUCUGCUUUGAAAUGUUGUCCUGUAGUCGAGGGUUUAUUGGAGACAACCCCUCUAUCUUCACAAGGUAGGGCUAAAGUUUGCGUACACAUUAUCCUCCCCGAAAUCUCACUUGUAAAAUACGCUGUAUAUGUUGUUGUAUUAGUGGAAAAGGAGGAGGAGAUAAAAGAAGAAGAAGAAAAAGAGCUAAAAGUGAUUAUGAUUAAAGAAAAAGGCUAUAUAUGCAAUAGUGCAACCACAUGUAUUCUGUAUCUUCAGCAUAGAAAUGAAAUGAAGCAUCUGUACAUUUGGAGUCAUUUGUACAGAUAAAUUGUACUCCAAUAAGAUGCCAUGUGGUUUGUCUUGUAUUAUCCAUUUAUUUUAUUUAACUUUCUAGAUUCAGCUGUA